AUAAUACAUUUAACGUUACUUUGAAAUUUUAAUGGACUAAGCUCUGCUUUAUUUCUAGCCGUUGCUUACCGCCUCGCGGCUUAUUUCAAACUUCUCUAAUGCUCUCCAGCUCUGUUCCAUGCCUAGUUCCCUCUUCACACUCUCCUUCUUCUCUACUCCUCAAUCUAAAGUCCACCAAAACCCUAAAAGAUUUACGCCAACUCCACUCUCUAGCAAUCAAAACUGGGCAAAUCCAUAACCCAUUAACAGCUGCUGAGGCUUUAAGAAUCUCUGCUCUGUCUAACCCCCCAGAUCUUCAAUAUGCCCGUAAACUGUUCGAUCAAAUGCCGGAACCAAACCUCUUCUCUUACAACACUCUCAUUCGAGCAUUCUCCGAAUCUGAUGACAACCCUUUGGAAGCCUUACAAAUUUUCCUCCAACUUCUACACUAUGAACCCCUCCAACCCAAUCGCUACACUUUCCCCUCGAUUCUUAAGGCUUGUGCUCGGAUUAAAGGAUAUGAGCAUGGGAGGCAAAUUCAUUGCCUCAUUGUAAAAUUGGGAAUUGCCCAUGAUGGGUUUGUUUUUACCAAUUUAGUUCGUAUGUAUUCAGUUUGUGGGUUGAUGGAUGACGCACAAAGUUUGGUCAGAAAGAGCUCAUUUUUAUCAGGUAAUGAAGCGGGUAUUGUGCUGAAUAACAUUCUCAUUGAUGGGUAUUUCAGGCUUCGGAUGAUUAGAGAAGCAAGAGAAGUUUUUGAGACAAUGAGUAAUAGAACCGUGGUUUCUUGGAAUGGGAUGAUAUCUAACUUGGUAGAGAUUGGAUUGUUUAAGGAAGCUAUAGACAUCUUUCAUCGCAUGCAAGUUGAGGGGAUGAAGCCUAAUUAUGUGACCCUGGUUAGUGUUCUUCCAGCCAUUUCAAGGAUUGGAGCCCUUGAAUUGGGGAAAUGGGUUCAUCUAUAUGCUGAGAGAAGCGGGAUUGUAGUAGAUGAUAUUCUAGGCUCGGCAUUAGUUGAUAUGUAUUCAAAAUGUGGGAACAUCGAGAAGGCAAUCCAAGUCUUUGAGGGAUUGCCAAAGGGAAGUCCUAUCACUUGGAAUGCGUUGAUCAGCGGUCUAGCGAUGCAUGGUCAAGCUAGACAAGCACUCAAAUACUUCAAAGCAAUGGAGCAAGCAAGCGUUUCUCCUAGUGAUGUAACCUUCAUUGGCAUCUUGAAUGCAUGUAGUCAUGCUGGCUUUGUUUGUGAAGGCCGAAAUUACUUUGAUAUUAUGGUGAAAGGUUAUGGUUUAAGACCAAGGCUUGAGCAUUAUGGAUGUUUGGUUGAUAUGUUAGGCCGAGCAGGACGUAUUGAAGAGGCCGUGGAGAUUGUCAAGAAAAUGCCCGUGAAGCCUGAUGAUGUAAUAUAUAAAGCUUUGCUCUCAGCGUGCAUGCUCCAUGAGAAUUCUGAACUAGGAGCAUGGGCAGCAAACAAACUUGUCGAAUUGGCUCCUUAUGAUAGCGGAUGCUAUGUUCUUUUAUCUAACCUCUAUGCCUCUAUGGGUGACUGGGAGGCUGUUGCCAAUGUGAGGCUAAAGAUGAAGGAACUUGACAUUCGUAAGGAUCCUGGAUGUAGUUGGAUUACAGUUGAUGGAAUAGUUCAUGAGUUUGUUGUUGAAGAUGAUACGCACCCGAGAGCAACAGAGAUUAAAUCGAUGUUAGAGGAAAUGGCUGAUAAACUAAGAUCAGAAGGUUAUGUACCAGAUACCCGAGGUGUGCUGGUUAAUAUUGAUGAAGAAGAGAAGGAGAGUGCAGUGUUGCACCAUAGUGAGAAGAUUGCGCUUUCUUUUGGAUUAAUUAGUACAAACCCUGGGGUUUCUCUGCAGAUUGUGAAGAACUUGAGGAUUUGUGCAGAUUGCCACGAGUCUAUAAAGCUUGCUUCAAAGAUUUAUGGUCGGAGGAUCAUAGUGAGGGAUAGAAUCCGAUUCCAUCAUUUCGAAGAUGGGUUUUGCUCUUGCAAUAAUUAUUGGUGAUAUAGCUAUCAUUGCUGAAAAGUUUGCUUUCUCUCAGUACAGAUUUUUGGUUGUAUUCUUAUUUUUCAAUUUGGGCAUCUGUUACUUUUC